UCCCUCCUCUUGGCUGUUGCUAACACCGGCGGUGACGGUACCGGGCUCGGUAGCGGUGGCACGGAUGCCAGACACGGGUUUGGGGCUGCACCCAGAUUCCAAGUGGGAGCCAGAUGUUGUAACCGCUCUGCCACUUUUUUAUGUUGCGGACACCUGUGAUUAUUAAACACACUUAAGUGCUCUUAAUUUGUGUUAAUGUAGCUUGCCAUGCUUUUCUUUAGUUCAUGGGGAGCCUCAACGUGAUUUUGGGGGAGAAUAGGGGGCCUGCCAGUUCCUCAGCAAAGGGAACAGGCUUUGCUGAACGCACGAGCUCUGCUGACCGCAGUGGGGCUGUGUGUUUUAAGUGGCAGUGUAGUUCCAGUAAAUACGUAUCUAGUGUUGCAUGUCCAGGCCCCUUAAGCAUCAAUAAGAGAAUCUGUUGGUGCUUUAAUAAUCAAAAUUACUUGUUAUCCAUUUUUUACUUGCAUUUGGGUGUGUCAUCCUUAGAGUGGUGCUAGUAAGGAUAUUUUUCACAGAGAACUCUUGAAGCCCAUUAAAAAUGUGUCUUUUUUUCCCCUCUUUGUCUAUUUUUACAUUAGUAGUUCAUUGAUUAAAACCCACUUGUAUUGCUUUGCCAAUACCUUCAGCCAAUAUGGUCGCUUUGGUGAUGGCACUGAGCCAUUCUUCAACUAAAAAAAUCCCAAAAUCAAACCAAAACUGCCUUUUUUGGAUGACUUUUAGCAUGAAGGUAGCUGCACGGCCCAAAGAUUUAAAAAGCACAUAUUAAAAAUGGUAAUUUUAUCUGUAUCUCUGGGCUACAUCUCUUACAAACACAUUGAUGGUUCUCAUUUUAGGAACUGCUGCUGUCUAACAAAGCAGUUGUGGUUGGAGGAUGAACAUGCUGUUUUAACACAGAGCAGUUCAUCAGGUUAGCAGGAAUGACUGUCUCGAGAUCCAAUGUUUCUACAGGGCAGUGCUAUAACACCCUGUGCUUUAAAGAGCUUUUCAUGCCCUUUUUUUGCAUAAUUAAUUUAUUGCUUUGUUGCUUGCAUUAAUUCUUUAUUUGCAUAUUUAAAGCCUGCAAUAUUAAACUGUGGUCUUACUUGAUCUGAAUCCUUAAUUUUAACGCCCCCAUUAAAUUUGUAUUCUUGCAUCUGUUGUACUAGAACUAUGAGUAUACAGAACGGGGAACAGCACCACCGUGCGCGGUGGUCUGCUUGACUUUGUGCAGUGCCCUGGGGUUUGCCUUUGUUUUUAAACUGUUGGUCUUACCCUGUUGUUCAGUGGUUCCUACCAUACGGACUGUGAACAAGCUCCCUGUUCUGGUCAGCUCUUAGCAUAUACAUUUGUUUUGCUACCUGUUGUUUUUGGAUAAGAAAGAAAACAGAAGCUAAUUAAAGUAGAAAGAACCUUGGAUGAAGAGUUUUAAAGGGGAGUAGCCUCAGUUUAGUCAGGUCUCUGCUGAGAAUAUGUCAUAUAGAGAUGUCCUAUGGUAUUUCUUAAUUCUAAUAUUUAAGGUGGCAAAAAAAGUGGGGCAGUUCAUUGUAGUUCACAAAUUUGUGUAAAAUACAUACGAGUAGUGACACAUUUCUGUUGUUAUAUAUUGCAAUUGCUUUCAGCUACAACAGUAAAACAAUUGUGUGGCCUGUUGUAAGCCCCCUUUGCAUUAGUAAGGGCCCUUGUUUUCCCUCAGUAUAGCAAUAUUCCAUCACCAUCUCAUCCUUAUUUUAGUAGCUUUUAUAUCAAAAUGUGAAGUUAUAAAACUGAAGAAGACAUUGUAAUGCUUUGUUUGCCAAUGAUUCUUGUCUUAAUAAGUUAUCUGUAACGAUCUUUUCUUUCCUGCCAUGACACCCGAUAAGUUGGUGUUAGUAUUAGGAGAUCUUCACAUUCCACAUCGUUGCAACAGCCUCCCAGCCAAGUUCAAAAAACUGUUGGUUCCAGGGAAGAUCCAACACAUCCUCUGCACAGGAAACCUCUGCACCAAGGACACUUAUGACUACCUCAAGACCCUGGCUGGGGAUGUUCACGUUGUUAGAGGGGACUUUGAUGAGCAACAUCAUUCCUUCAUUUGUGCUGAUGGAUAUCCAGGCUUCUACAGUAGUUACAUAUGUCUAUCAGUUAAUUGGAGAUGAUGUCAAAGUAGAAAGAAUUGAGUACAAAAAGUCCUAAAAAUGCAUUUGCUCGUCUGGUAUUUCUACCAUCUCAUUCUGAACUGCAAGUUAUUACAAGACUUGAUUGCUAGUUUACAGUACUGCACUUAUGCUAACAACUUAACAAUGUAGCUUAUUGGUCUAACUUUAAACAACAUUGUGUUUGCUUUUCUCUGUAUGAAUUGAUUUGUAAAAUAUUCCAUUUAAAUAACUCUUUAAAUACUGUUCCUUAAUGUUGUAAUAAACUCCACUUCAUAGAAAAAUGAAACUUUAUGAACUGCUAUUGGAAAAAAUGCAACAGUUGUAGUUGUUCUUAAAAUGCCUGAUGCUCUGGCUUGGUGACUUUCUGCUAAAGGAUACAUGUAAAGGGCUUGAACAACAAGAUCGAGGGCUGUGGAGUUGUGUUACACUUGCUUCAGGAUCUUGUUGCUAUUUAAUUUUCUCAAUUUAACAUUCCCAAUUAAGUUAAAAGAACAAAGUGGAUUGAUGGAUUCUGAAAAUAUUACAGCUAACUCAUAAUUCACUGGAGAAAGUUUAACUUUAGUCUUGUUAUAAUCAAGGCAGUUUCGAAUAGCACUAUGCUUUAACCAAUGAUGAUCUCAAAUCUGUUAACAGUGAGGAGAGGCUUUUCUUUAUUUAUGGCUUUCGUCUGACACUGCGUAUAUGCACUUUGCUCCACAAACAAAAGUUUUAAAUACUGUAUUUCCAUAUGGUACUUGUACUGCUACUGAAGACUAAAAACAGUGGUGUUGUGCAAGAAGACCGGGCCUCUUGGCUCUCCUGUUCUCAUGACUGCAGGAAACUGAAUGUAUGUUAACAGCUCCCACUUCUCUUUCCAAUAAAAAGAGCUUUAUCUUUUGUCUUCUACUGAAGAACACUUAGGAUGGUGGCCUCUUCCCUGAUGGAUGUUGGCCUUUGUAUGAGGACUUUUUUCAGUGCAGUACAUGUGCAAAAAGCUUUGUCAUGAAGGUCUAAGUUAAAUUAAAGGUUUUACAUCAGCAAGAACCCUUACUGCUGUGUUAAAAGCUGACGACGUAGUAACGUAUGUCUGUUCAAAAUAAACCUGCUUUACCCUGGAAAAAGACCACAUUUUACCCUUGGUAUCUCAGGCCUCUGGCUAAAUGCCACUCCAUCUUUUAUCCUAGCGCAGCUGUACAGAAAGAACUAAGUUGAAGACCUUGGCAGUCAUUCAGGGAACAGUAGUGACUGAGUAGAACAUAAAUUUACUGCCAACUUGGCAGUUUAGAAGGUUUAUAGAACACUGAGGCCAAAACAGAUAUGUAAGUAUUUAUUUGUGCUCACUGUAGUUAAAAUUACAGUUUGUCUACAAAAUGUAUUUUACAUGCAGUACAUCAUUUACAGGUUUUAAAAAGUUUAUCACAAGGUUAUGUCUGGGUGAAUAAAAUCUUGGAGCGAGCCUCACGGCAGACUUAAACAUGGAGAAAUAUGGAAGUAAAGGAAAUUUACCCUAAUCCUUCCUAAAAUCAAAGUGCUGAAUAUGAACAUGACUGUUGCCUAGAAACAGGUAACUGCUGUACAUCAACUGUUUCAGUGAGGAGAGAGUAUGGAGAAGAAGCAGCCUGGAGCAGUUAAAAAGAAAUGUGGAAAGCUCAGGGUAGCUUUUGGAACAAGGGCAUUGAGGUUUUAGUUCAACAUUCACCUGAGCAGUGUAUGAGUUAUCAAGGCAUGACAUCUUGCCAGUAGAAAAGGAUAAAUCAAGAUCCUAUUGAUGACUGUUCUAGUACACAGGUCUCUGGGCCAUUCAGAUACAUCUGGAAGGUAAAAGAUCAAUAUUAAUAUCCUGUUUUCCUAAGUAAGCAUAAGGCCUAGCGUGGUGUGG